AGUGCUUUACUUUGAAGUUUUCAUUUUUGUUGAAUCACCACAGUCCAGAGAGUGCUCUCAUUAGCGACACUGCUGUCAAGUCCCAGGCAGUGUCCCUCCCCAUACAGUCUACAGCACCGCCCAGCGCCCACCCUCUUCCUCCUCCACAGCUCCCUCCCUUUUGCUACUCACCUUCCACUCAUCUCAUCUCAGGAUCACUCAACAUCACCUGGAGUGAGAUCACACUCCUGACCACAGCUAUUUCUGUAUCAUUAGAACUUUAUUAUUUUGAUCACAAUCCUGACUCUGUCCCUUCACCACCUUCAUUCACAUCACAGGGAUUUUAACUGUGUGUCACCGGAUUGUUCAUGCAGUAGUCUUUUGGAAUCAAGUUGGUUGGACCGGACCGUUGGACCCCACGUGAACCUCAUGCAGUGGAGAUUAUCCUGCAGCGAUGUCAUCUCAUCUCUCCCCCCGCAACGCAAAGGAUCAGCCACGCACAAGAAAGUCAUCCACUGAUUCGUCUCCCGCUAAACCCUCGCCGACCUCCAGAAGCCUCAAACAUGAAAGAGUGUCCAGACUGGACUCGUCUGGUGCUUACGACCGAGAGGCCUAUGAUGCUCGAAGGGAAAACAGAAUGGCAGCGCGGAAAAAAGCAGAGGAGGAGGCAGGGUGCACUGACUAUAAGAAGAUGUACGAGGAGGCCUUGUCUACCAAUGAGAGACUCAAGUCCAGGCUGCAGGGCAGCAAACAGGAGCUGGUAUUGGUGCAGACUCAGCUGGAGAGAGUGACACAGAGAAAGAUAACCAUGACUGAAAGGUCCAAUGAAAGGUCCAUGCUUGAGACAGAAAAACGGGAAACGCGUGUCCUGCAGAAGAAGAUAUCAGACAUGGAAGAUGAAGUGAAGGUAUCUGUCCAGUUGCAAUAAUGGUCCAGACAGAGCUGAAGAAUGAGAACCAGAGACUGAAGGACGAGAACGGAGCCUUAAUUCGGGUCAUCAGUAAACUGUCUAAGUGAGAAGAAGAGGAAAAGGAAGAGAGCAGUGGAUGAUACAGCUUUAUUUGCCAUGUUUACACCCACUUCUCCAACCCCACCACCCCCACCAACACCCCCACCAACACCAGUAGUCUUCACACGCAGUUUGCAUAUUUGCACAUUUUUUGUAUUAAUUUAUGGAUUGUUAUAAUGCAUAAUUAUAUAAUCACAGCACAUAAUAAUACCGUAUGAAUGUCUGCAAAUGUUUAAUCUAUAAGCUGAUGUAACAGGUUAUAUAUUAUCACGUUUUGUAUCACUAUGUGACAUUUGAAAUGUUUUUUUUGUUUUUUUGUUUACUCCAUCACAUGAACAGUCUCCUACGCCUUGUAUAAGUUAUUUAUAAAGAUUUUCUAUGCUGCAAUCCAA